GGCCACAAGAAGAAGAAGGUCCUCAAGGGCCUCAAGAAGCUCAAGAAGAAGCUGGCGCCGUACCUGCCGCUCCUCGCCAUCCCGCUCGCCAUCCAGCUCAUGAUGCUGCCCCUCUACAUCAUGGCGCUCAAGAUGAUGGCGCUCAAGUCCAUCCUGCUCGGCAAGAUGACCCUCAUGCUCGUGGCCUUCAACAUCCUCCGCAACGUACAGCAGAGACAGAUCGAGGACGACCACAACAGCCGCGUGGCGGCCGAGUACUACGGCUACCAAGACGACGGGAUCGAGUACGGCGGCUGGGUCAACCGGAGGAGAGGCUUCUCGGGGAGGAGCGAAACACCCUGGCAACAGCGGAGCCAGGGCAGCCGGCGCCGUCGGCGGUAGCCCCAGAGGGCUCGGUGGCGGUGCGGGGGAGUCGGGUUGGGAAAAAAUGUCCUCUUUCGGGUUUCAGAUACCACUCGGUGUGGUUAUCAGCUUAGAACAGUGUAGAGUAGCCCUACGCUACACCUCCUUUCUGUGCCGAGCGCAAACGUCGGCCAAAGACAAGGGGGCUGUAGGAGAAGUGAAGGUCGGACGGGACGUGCUUUUCUUUACGUUGGGCCAAUCUAUCCGAUCCUCAUGUCUCCGUUAGCGAAUAAUUCAAUUAUUACAUAGUGUACAUAAAAAAACAUUAGAUCUAUUGUCCUUUGUGGUUCGUUCUUUCCUUCCAUGAUAUUUUCCUGGAAGAAAAGUUUGAGGGAAACUAUAUUCAUUUUCAUCAAGUUCAUAAGACUGAGAAAGACAAACACUUUUCAUGAUGCAGUGUGUCUCAUAGGCCCCGUUCUAUUUUGUUCUAGUUACAAAAAUCACUGUGUAGA